AAGCUGAUUUGUUAAAACAAGUAAAAAGACAUUACAAUAAUCCAGAUGAGAAGAGAUAAAGGCAUGAAUAAUCAUCUCAAGCUCAGCCUUUGACACCAGUAAUCUGAGUUUUGAAAUAUUCCUUAAAUGAUAAAAACAAUUCCAAACCACUGUUUGGAGUGAUGCUCAAGGGACACUGAACUGUCAAAAAUGACACCUAAAUUUCUGAGGCUUGAUUGCACAGAAGGGCCUAAAAAGCUGACAUGUCACCUAAUUUCUGAGAUCAUGUGGUCAGGAGCAAUAAUCAAUGUUUCUGUUUUAUCAGUAUUUAACUGGAGGAAAUUGUCAUUUAACCAUUGCUUGAUUUCUGUCAGGCAAUUACUUAAACUGAACAAUUUAUAAAACUCAGAUUCUGAAAGAACAAUAUAACUGAAGGUCAUCAGCAUAGAGAAGAAAUAUCAUUGUAGCAUCUUAUAAUUUGUCCUAAAAAAGCUCUCUCCAUCUAGCUACAUAAAAGCACUUGACCACUGUACACAUACUUGGUGGCCUUCUCAAAUAUUUCAAUGGAGACAUCCGGAAGUACCACAAGCAACCACACCCUGAGCUCAACAGGUGGUGGUUCAUGGGAGAUCAGUGACAAGGCUAAGCUAUGUCACUUCCUCUGCUAUGGCUCGAAGGGAGGCUGGUACAAUACCAGAGAGGAUGAGCAUAUCAGAAUGGAGAAUGCUGGAACCCUGCUUUCCAUGCUGCAGGAGAGCCAAGGUGCUGAGGUGGUAGAGGAGAUAAAGAGGUUCACUCAGGAUGGGCGGGCUGUCAGAAUGGGGCCCUACAUUUUUGCCUUGGCUUUGUGCUCUCAGCACUCUGAGCUGAACACCAGACAGGCAGCGUUCAAAGCCCUGAAGGAUGUUUGUCGCGACCCUGCCCAUCUGUCUUCUUUUAUUCAGUUCAAGAAGGAACUGAAAGAGUACAUGAAAUGUGGGAUAUGGGGGCGUGCCCUGAGAAGAGCACUGUCUGACUGGUACAAUGAGCAAGAUGCCAUGAGUCUAGCUGCUGCAGUGACCAAAUGUAAAAAGAGGAAGGGCUGGUCACACCAGGAUCUGCUCUGACUCUCCCACACUAAACCAGCUAAAGAUGCUAUUGCCUUGAUCGGCAAAUAGGUCCAGGUUGCUUAUGAAGACAAAGAGAACUCUGAAGAGGUUGUCAGUGUGUUUUCAUACCUUGAAGUGGUGGAAAAGGUUAAACACAGUCGGGAUGAUACGGAGGUCAUCACUUUAAUAGAGGAACACAAGCUGGAGAAGGACCAGCUGCUGACCGCUCGGCUGAAGUCUAACCAGAUACGGAGCGCUUUGUUAAAGGAAAUGCCUCUCCAUUUGGUGCUAAAGAUGUUGGGAAGAGAUUUGACAUUUAAAAAAGUUCUUGAACCAGGAAGCUCACAAACACAUUUUGUAUGUGAUAGAAUUCAAAGUGAGACAGCACUAAAGAAGGCAAAGAUCCACCUUUUCAGUAUGCUCUUGGCUUCAGAAAACUAAAAAUGGGAAGCAGACAGCAGCAUCCUCAAAGCAAUGGACUCUGCUUUGUACAAAAGUUUUAUGAAUGUGGAGCCUGUAGGUAAAUGCGUCGUAGUGGCAGUAGAUGUGAGCACGUCACUGACCAGCAUUGUCCCAGGAACAUUAGUCAGCACUGCUGCUGAAGCUGCAGCUAUUACCAUGAUAUUAGCAAGGACGGAGGCAGACGCACAUGUGCUGGUCUACUCUGAAGGGACUGUGGUUCCAUUCUCUGUUUCUGCUGACAUGACUCUCAAAGAAGCUACGAAUGAACUGGUUAAGUUACAGAGUAAGAGAAUAGACUGCACCCUUCCCAUCACAUGGGCCACAGAGAAUUUGAAAGCUGUAGAUGUGUGCAUCAUUGUGACCUACAACCCAUUGUGGAUGGAUACUGCCAGUCCGGUGGAAUUUCUGAAGAAGAAUCAGGAGCCAUCAAAGCUGGUGAUGUGUGGGCUGACUAAAAUUGGAAACUCCAUCGCACACACAGAAGACCGGGGUUUACUGAGCAUCUCUGGCUUCGACCUCAGAGCUUUUAGCGUCAUUCAUAACUUGGCCCAGGAUCUGAUCUGAAUCAUGUCAUGAGUGUCAAAUACGAAGGUAAAAAGUGGACCAACGAGGCUCACUUAGCAUGUAGAGGGCCCCAAAACAGCACUAAUCCAAAAUAUGCUGACAAUUACAAUUCCAGUUUCUCUUUUGUAUUCUCUCACUUACUGGUCAGUCAACAAAGU